AGUCCAAACGCAAGCGAGACCAGUAGACGCGCGUUCUGUGAGCCGUGUGUUUGUGAGUGAAGCGUGAAGAUGCUGCAGCAGAUCCUGGCUGACAUGUACAUCGAGCCGGAGCUGCUGUCCGAGCUCAACGAGGAGCAGAAACAGGUGCUGUUCCUCAAGAUGAGGGAAGAGCAGAUCAGGAGAUGGAGAGAGCGAGAGACACAGCUGGAGAAGGAGGAGGCUGCACGCCUGAAAGACAGAAAAGUUUCAGGAAAGUUUGUGUCAUGGAUGAAGGGUCUUGAUGAUGAUGUGUGGGUUUGGGUGAUGGGAGAACAUCGUGACGACAAACCUUACGAUCAAAUCUGUGACGAGAUCAUGGGCGAGAGAGCAGCGCUGCAGGCGCAGAGAGAGGCUGAGCAGCUCAGGGCGAGGAAAGAAGCUGAGCUGGAGAAGCGCUUCUCUGGGCUGAGUCUCGAGCCGGAGCAGGUCGUGUUGGCGGAUCAGCUGAAGGCCAGAGAGGAACAGAGAAGAGCAGACGAGGAACUCAAGGAGGAGAGGCGUAAGGCUGAGGAGGAUCUGAGGAGGCUGGAGCAGGAGAGAAAACAGCAGAUCUACAUCAGCCUGAAGGAGAAGAAGCAGCAAGAACACACACACGACCAGCAGGACAACCACUGGCAGCAGACAUUGCAGAAGUCAAAAGCCGCAGACGUGCGUAGACGGUCUCUAGCCAAGCAGACGAUGGAGGAUCACCGCAGGCGCUCAGUGAAAGCUCUGGAGAGAGGACGUGUAGCGGCCGUCACAAAGGCCUUCGCCAGCCCAAACCCAGACCCUCCACCGAAACCCAAACCCAGAAACACCAGCGCUGCCAUCAGCCGGAAGGCUGGUAUGCGGCGCUCGUUUUCGACGACUAGUCGAGAUCAUAUCGUCCGCUGGUUUCGGGAGGAGCAGUUCCCCCUCAGAGCAGGAUUCCAGCGCGACCACAGCCGGAUCGCCCGCUGGUUUCACGGUAUAAUAUCUCGUGAACAGGCGGAGGCGCUGCUGAAGGACGGCGGGCCCGGGCUCUUCCUGGUGCGUGUUAGCGAGAGGAUAUUUGGAUAUGUGCUCUCCUACCGAUCGAAAGAGGAAGUCAAGCACCUGCUGAUCGACGCCUCGGAGAACUGCUACAUGCUCCUGGGGGACCAGAUCAGAUUCACAUCCCUCAGUGAACUCGUGGAGUAUCAUCAGGUGGAGCCGCUGAGCUCGUGUGGAGAAGAGGAGUUUCUGCUGCAGGCGUGCGGACAGAGCGAGGCCACAGCGGACUAUACCGAGCUCUUCACCUGACACACACACACACACACACACACACACGUGCGGACAGAGCGAGGCCACAGCGGACUAUACCGAGCUCUUCACCUGACACACACACACACACACACACACACACACACACACACGUGCGGACAGAGUGAGGCCACAGCGGACUAUACCGAGCUCUUCACCUGACACACACACACACACACACACACACGUGCGGACAGAGUGAGGCCACAGCGGACUAUACCGAGCUCUUCACCUGACACACACACACACACGUGCGGACAGAGCGAGGCCACAGCGGACUAUACCGAGCUCUUCACCUGACACACACACACACACACACACACACACACACGUGCGGACCGAGCGAGGCCACAGCGGACUAUACCGAGCUCUUCACCUGACACACACACACACACACACACUACUCUCACAUCAAUCAGAACAACACACAAUCAUGACUCUCAUUACAGUCAGUUUCACAAUUCAUAAACACCCCGUUUUAAAAGUAUUGAAUUUAACUGAAAAGUAUAAAUCCGCAAUUUUCCAUCUACAUAUAUGCGCCUGUUCCUUCGUGUAGAACAG